CACAGUUGCCUGUAUACACGACGGAACAUGUCUUUCCAAUCGACCGUCGCUGGCCUUCCAGCCUCUGUCAAAGAUCUCGUCCUCAAGGUCACCCAAGAUGGCACUGAUGCCACUCUUCUCGGAGAGAGCGAAGCUGAUCAGAAGAGUGUAAACGGUUGGAUCGAGAAGACUGUAAAGGGAGAGAUUGGCAAGGCCGAGAACCUCAAGGACCUGAACGAGAUUCUGACGCCCAAGACUUAUCUCGCGACAAACUAUCUUACCGCCGCCGAUGUCGCUUUGUACGGCGUCCUCCACCCCUCUUUGACCGGUCUCAAAGGAAACGACUUCUUCACCCACCCAUCCGUGACCCGCUACUUUGACCACAUCCAAUCCCAACCGACUGUUCGAUCAUCCGCAGAUGCACUCCAACAACAAUUCCCUCUCAUACCCAUCAGCCUAGAGAACGCACCUGGUGUAGAGCGCAAAGCUGAACCUUCUAAGAAGAAGGAAAAGGCUCCAAAGGCAGGCACUGAAUCCGCUGCUGCUGAGGGCAAGGGCAAAUCGAAAGAAAAAGCACCCGCUGCCGCCGCCGAAGGAGGGGAGAAGGCGCAGAAGAAGGAGAAGAAGGCCAAGGGUCAGGAAGAGGGCGGUAGCAAGAAGAAGGAAAAACAGAAAGCUCCUGCUGCUGUUGACGAUGGCCCUCCUGCACCUUCUAUGAUCGACCUUCGGGUUGGACACAUCGUCGACGUUGCCAAACAUCCCGACGCCGAUGGAUUGUACAUUGAACAAGUCGACCUUGGUGAGGAGACUGGGCCUCGUACUGUCGUCUCUGGUCUUGUCAACUACAUCCCUAUCGAAAAAAUGCGAGAUCAAUGGAUCGUCGUCGUCUGCAACCUCAAACCUGCCAACAUGCGUGGUGUCAAGAGCCAUGCCAUGGUUCUGUGCGCAACACACAAAGAUGGCAAGGAUGCUGGCAUUGAACUCGUUCGACCACCCGAGGGCUCCAAGCCUGGCGAGCGUAUCUACUUCGAAGGAGAGCAGUACGAAAAUUCAACCCCUCUUUCCCAGCUCAACCCUAAGAAGAAGAUCUUUGAAGCCAUCCAACCAGGUUUCACAACCCUCGAGACCAAGGAGGCUGCUUGGGUCAACCCCGAGACCGGCACUGUCCACAAAAUCCGUACAAAGGAUGGUGUCUGUGUUGCCCCCACAUUUGUCGGUGCCUCGCUUUCUUAG